UCCAUAAACCUCGCCUGAAGUUUACCUAUAUAUACAUACUUGCCACUUUCUUUUAUCAAUACUCAAAAUCAUUCACAAAGAAAUUACUAGCUAGCUAGUAAGAGAGAUGGCUAUGGCAGAUGCUUCUGGACCUCAAUUCAAUUCUACCAACGGCGAUGCUCAUUCUGAUCAGAUUAUUGUCCCUGAGAAUAAGAGCUGGAAGAAUUUCUUUGCCUACUUAGGACCUGGUUUUCUUGUUGCAAUUGCAUAUAUUGAUCCUGGAAACUUUGAGACUGAUCUACAAGCAGGAGCACAAUACAAGUAUGAGUUACUUUGGAUCAUAUUGGUGGCUUCUUGUGCGGGUUUGGUGAUUCAAUCUCUGGCUGCCAAUCUUGGUGUUGUCACAGGAAAACAUUUAGCUGAGCAUUGUAGAGCUGAAUACUCCAAAGUUCCAAAUUUUUUGCUAUGGCUUGUUGCUGAAGUUGCAAUAGUCGCUUGUGAUAUUCCAGAAGUAAUCGGAACAGCUUUUGCUCUGAACAUGCUCUUUAGCAUACCUGUAUGGAUUGGUGUUCUUCUUACAGGCUUAAGUACACUAAUGCUUCUCGCACUUCAACGAUACGGGGUAUUUCCUUUCUUUCAUCAUUUUCAUCUCACGGUUCUAUGUAUAGUCAAGUCUUAUGAUGUUUGUCAUUCACAGGUAAGAAAGCUGGAGUUCUUGGUUGCAUUUCUUGUGUUCACAAUGGCUACAUGCUUCGUCAUUGAGCUACACUACUCAAAGCCAGACGCAGGAGAAGUCCUACAUGGUCUCUUUGUUCCACAACUCAAAGGAAAUGGUGCAACUGGUCUUGCAAUCUCUUUGCUUGGGGCCAUGGUUAUGCCGCACAAUCUCUUCCUCCACUCUGCUUUGGUUCUCUCCAGAAAAAUACCACGUUCAGCUACUGGCAUCAAGGAGGCUUGUAGGUUUUACCUGAUAGAAAGCGGAUUGGCUCUAAUGGUGGCCUUUCUCAUAAACGUCUCUGUGAUAUCAGUAAGUGGUGCUGUUUGCAAUGCCUCAGACUUAACCAACGAAGACCGAGCUAAAUGUGAGAAUUUGGACUUAAACAAGGCUUCCUUUCUCCUAAGGAACGUUGUGGGUAAAUGGAGCUCAAAGCUAUUCGCUAUCGCACUUCUUGCUUCAGGGCAGAGCUCAACUAUAACCGGAACAUAUGCUGGACAAUACGUGAUGCAAGGGUUUCUUGAUCUAAAACUCAAGCCAUGGCUCAGAAACUCUCUAACAAGAUGCUUAGCUAUCAUCCCAAGUCUAGUCGUUGCUCUCAUUGGUGGUUCAGCUGGAGCUGGAAAGUUAAUCAUCAUUGCCUCGAUGAUCCUGUCCUUUGAGCUGCCGUUUGCACUAGUUCCUCUUCUCAAGUUCACUAGCUGCAAAACUAAGAUGGGUUCACACGUAAACCAUAUGGCAAUUUCAGCUUUGACAUGGUUGAUUGGUGGUUUAAUCAUCGGGAUAAACAUAUACUAUAUAGUAAGCAGUGUCAUUAAACUGCUUAUUCAUAAUCACAUGAAGCUUGUCCUUGUCAUCUUCUGCGGAAUUCUUGGGUUUUCGGGCAUUGCCAUCUACUUAGCUUCCAUAGGGUAUCUUGUCUUCCGGAAAAACAGAGAAACUAGUCCUCUCCCUGCAUCAACCAGUUCGCAAAAUGUGGAGACACUUCCAAGACAAGACAUUAUCGACAUGCUUUAACAUCCGAUGUUGAAGUCGACAAAGACCUCUAGAUAUUGCUAGUCGACAGGUUCUUAGACCUUAGGAAUUUUUUUUUUCUUUCUAGUAGGUUUUGUUUAUGUACGGGAGAACGUUAGAAUAACACGAGAUAAUAAAAUCAUUUCUUCCA